UAGAGUGUCAAAUAUAAGGCUUGCGUUUAAUUUUUUUCCACAUUGAAAUUUGACAGAUUGGUUAUGUUGCCUUUGAGACUGUAUGUAUGGUAGCCCAGGAAUGAGAAUUACCCCCGUGAUGGCAUACCAUUUGCAAUAGUAGACAACCCAAAGUAUUGCAAAUGGGGUAUGUCCAGUCUUUUUUAGUAGCCUGUUAGUCACAAACACUGGCCAAAAUCGGCGUUCAAAUUAGUUUUUUGCAUUUUUCCCACACAAACCAAUAUUAACGCUAACUUUGGCCAGUGUUUGUGACUAAGUGGCUACUAAAAAAGACUGGAUAUACCCCAUUUGCAAUACUUUGGGUUGUCUACUAUUGCAAAUGCCAUGCCAUCAUGGGGGUAAUUCUCAUUCCUGGGCUACCAUACGCUCUCAAAGGCAACAAAACCAAUCUGGCAAAUUUCAAUGUGAAAAAAACGUAAAAAUGUAACAUGCUAUAUUUGACCCUGUAACUUCCCAAAACAACAUAAAACCUGUACAUAGGGGGUACUGUUUUACACACGAGACAUUGCUGAAUACAAAUAUGUGUAUUUUAUUACAGUAAAAGCAAACAGUAUUAUGACAUUCACAGUUAAAAUGUCAUGUAGAACUAAAAAAACACAACUUUUUUUCCCCCUUUUUUUUAAUAGUGUAUUCAUAUUAAAAUGUUUCAUAGCUAAAUAAAUAUUUGAUGUUAAAUUAAAGCCCUGUUUCCCUUGAAUAAAAUGAUAGAAGUGUGGGUGCACUUAAUAUGAAAGAGGUUAAUUACGGUUGGACAGACCUAUAGCGUACAUUUGGCUCAGUCCUUAAGGGGUUAAUAUAAAAGUAUUCUAAUUGAAUCUAAUUUAAUGACAUUUUUAUUGUUUCUUUUUAAAUUCAGGUUUUUAUUCAUAAAAUGUAUAUAAUCUAAGUGUAAUUAAUUUCUUGGGUAUAGAUUUUAAACCCUUCAUUAUAAAUCAUACAAGUUUAACCCCUUAAGGACACAUGACAUGUGUGACAUGUCAUGAUUCCCCUUUAUUCCAGAAGUUUGGUCCUUAAGGGGUUAAGUGCUGGGAAUUCUGUAACCUUAACACUGAAUAUCUACAUUAGUUCCCUGUGAAAAUGACAACACAUUUGUCCUCCACAGGUAGAUUUGUGUCCAUCAAAUUACACGCAUAGAAUCUCACAAUUUAGGUACUAUAAAGGCAGCUUCAACUAAAUGCUCUAAAAGGAAACUGUGUGGGAUAUUUUCUUUUUGUUUAGUUUUUUUGGCUUUUUAUGUACAAAUACACACUUCUAGUUCAUUCUGAGGUUUAAAAAACCCAAAAACGAACUUUAAGUGCCUCGACAAGUGGGAAGUUUAACCAGGACAGCCGCGGUUUUACUGUCUUCUGUCUCUUAGAUCUCCUUAAUCCUGGGGUGAUUUUUUCCUAUCAAUAGAGUACAAUCCUAAAGCCACUAAUUUGAGAGAGCCACCUCUUGCCCUUUCCAACUACAGAGUGAGUAGUCAAGUCAGCCAGAUGGAGAAUCUAAAUCCAUGACCAUAACAUAGCAGUUUACGGAAAUUAGGAUCCGUCGGAAGCAGAAUGUUACUUUGUCUUGCGUAAAGCUGUGUUUAAAUGGAAAUUUUAAUUAUAAAACCUGCUCCUUUUGGAAUGUAGACACCACCGCUCCGUGUAGAAAUAAUUUUUUCCAUGGCCUGAUCAGUCUUGUGAUUAAAACCGAGGGAUUAUGUAUCAGGCUUGCAGGGAUGUUUAGACAUCUACUAUUGUUAAAGUAUCCGUUUUUUAAAUACUUUGCAUGGAGAGCCAGAACCUGACUUCACAGCUCUACCAUGCCUGGAAUGUUGGAGGAGACAUUCUGUGUAAAUACACACUAGUAGAGCCAGAACGUUGUGGUUAGCUCAGGUGCUGCUUCUCUUCAGUAGAAAAAAUGCAUUACAUUGUCUUCUUCUCGCAGAGGUUCCUCUUGGAAUCUCUCCGCUAGAUGGAGUCUUAGUAACCUGAAAUGAGAAUACUAGCGUAGGAUCUUCAUCUUGGUUUUAGGACUAUAAAGAGGACACCUGAAAAUGUAUUAGAGAGUGCCAAAAGUAGUUGAAACAAACAGGACAAAAAUAGACCAAAUAAGAAAAUACUCCUCACUAUGGGCCUUUUCCUUGUUCUCUCUUAGAAAUACAACAAAGGAGGAUAUAUAUAAAAGCAACCUUUCUGUAAAAUAGACAAACCAUCACUUAGUAAUAUUUUCGUAUAUUUCAUGCCUACGUAGAAAUAAUAGCAUUUGUAGGAAGAUCCGAUGUAUGGACUCCUCUUCUCACUGUACGAAUUUAUGCCCUCUUAUUUUAUUUAUUUUUCACUCCAAAUGAUCUGGUUAUUGCUUAAUAGCGGUUUGUAAAUCACAAUGACUUAAAAAAUUUUUUUAAAAAAAUCUUAAAACCCAUAAUGUUUGACCAACUUGUGCAGUUUAGGCCAAUAUAACUGUUUUCGGUCAACUCGAGGUUUUGUACAAAAAUCCAAAUCUGCCCUUGAUACGGAGAAUCAAAUUAAACAGACACCCAUUUCCAUAAUUUGCCUGUAUUUACUUAACUGUACAUGAUGUCCACGUAUUCCCUGUUUGCAAAACAAAAUUCAAGAUAAAAAUCUAUUUAUUGUUAUUGGUAAAUGAAUGUUACCAUUUUCAAUGAUUAAAGGAAAUACAUUUUUUCUAUAAAAUUGCAGCAUUAAAGCUACGAUAAUGCUGAAUGCAGAUUGAGAUCUAUAUGAUGGCUAUAUCUUUCUUAGAGGCAGGCACAGGACCCUGGAAAGUGUAGUUCAUAGAAGGCAUAUAUUUUAUCAUAAUCUUGUAUCUAAUUACUGUUGUGUUCCUUCUUCCUAGGAUGAUGCGCUUGAUCUAUGCUUUGGGAUCGCUCUUCCUUUUCUGUGGGCUGUUUAUUCCCUGCAUCGAAGGGCAGAAAAAGACUCGUGGCUCCCAAGGUGCCAUUCCACCUCCUGACAAAGGUCAACCCAAUGACUCUGAACAAACACCAAGACAGCCAGGAGAGCGAAACCGAGGAAAGGGCAAGGGCCAAACUAUGCCAGCUGAAGAGGUGCUGGAAUCCAGUCAAGAAGCUCUGCUGGUCACUGAGCGCAAGUAUCUAAAGAGGGACUGGUGUAAGACCCAGCCAUUAAAGCAAACUAUCCACGAGGAAGGAUGCAACAGUCGUACAAUCAUCAACCGAUUCUGCUAUGGGCAAUGCAACUCCUUCUAUAUUCCCAGGCAUAUCCGCAGGGAGGAAGGGUCUUUUCAGUCUUGCUCUUUUUGUAAGCCCAAAAAAUUUACCACCAUGGUGGUCACGCUUAAUUGCCCAGAACUCCAGCCUCCAACUAAGAAAAAAAGAAUCACUCGUGUCAAGCAAUGUCGAUGUAUCUCCAUAGACUUGGACUAGAUGUUAAGAAACUGCUACUCCAGAACAUCAAACAUUGUGUCAAAAUGCAGCCACAGUGCUGUUGUGUUUUUGUUUUUGCACGCAAGUUUGGACUGUCACAUCUGUGCAACUGGUAUUAUCUAUGUCAUGACCCAAGACCGAACUUGAACAAUUCAGGUUAUUCAGUGUCCAUGAAAACAAGCUUACUCUAUAAAAAAUAAAUUGCAAAGGGAUAGGUGAAGGGAAGAACAUGAACUGAGAACCCCAGGUAAAGCACACCGUGCCCUCUUACUUGGGACCAGGCAAGUACCACUGCCCAUGUAUACAUUAUGUAUAUAGCUAUUAUUUAUUCACACUGACGAGUUUGUGAUGCACACCAGAGGCCCAGCAGUAACAGAGUACCCGUGCAUGCACACAACUAUAGAUCCUGAUGUUGGUUGGUAUAAAGUACUGAGAAGUUGUAUAAAUGACGCCUUGCAUGUGACUGGUGGAACCCAGAAUGCUCAAAAUAUACAGGAGAUAUACUGUAUUAAGGCAAAGUAAUUACUUUAAAAAAAAAAAAAAAAAAAUUCUUGGGAGCACAAUGGAUUCUUGUGUAAUAAAACUCCUUGAUCAGUUUGUUAGUAGUCAAAUUUACUCUGUAAUAAAGACUGUUCUGUUCUUUAAUACCUAAAAGGACACUAUAGUCACCAAAACAACUUUAGCUUAUUGAAUUAUUUCCCUGCAGUAUCACUGCUCAAUUCUCUGCCAUUUAGGAGUUAAAUCAUUUUAUUUAUGCACCCUAGUCUCACCUCCCUGCAUGUGACUUACACAGCCUUCCUAAACACUUCCUAUAAAGUCAUCUAAUGUUUACACUUCCUUCAUUGCAAAUUCUAUUUAUUUUAAAAUGUAUUAUCCCCUGAACUGUUGAUAGCUUGCUAGACACCACAGAAGCAUUCUGUGUAUGAUUUAAAGGUCACUUUAGAGAGCAAGCAAUAAGAACUUUUAAAGUAAGUUACAUCUAAUUGAAAGUGAAAUUUAAAAAAAAUAAUAUAAAUUUCAUGGUAUGAGUCACAGCCAGGGGAAGUGUGACUAGGGCUGCUUAAACCGAAACAAAAGGGAUUUAACUCCUAAACUUCAGAGAUUUGAGUAGCGAAACUGCGGUAUCAUGAUUUAUACACUGAAACAGUUUCCUUAAGCUAAAGUUGUUUUGGUGACUAUAGUGUCCCUUUAAGGUCUGAUUUUACUACAGGUUGCAAAAAAAGUUCAUUCAGUGCACAAAGCCAUGUACUGUAUGAUAUUGUUGACCCAAUAAGUAUAUCCUAGUUUCCGAAGGACACAGAAGGAUAUGUGUGAUAGCAAUACAAAUAGUUUCAAUGCAUGUCAUUCAGAUAAAAGGUCUGAAUUUUCCUUCCAGGCUUAUUAUCACCUUUUGAACGGUUUGAUUAUUUCCAUUGGGAAUUACUUUUGUAACUAUUUCAUGGAGAAAGCUAGGAAUUGUACUACAUGGUGGAAAAACUAGUGUUUUGUGAGUUUGGGUCAUGGCGUUAAUAUCUGUUGUACUAAGUGCUAUUCAGUGUCCAUUACAGUACCCCUUUUACUUCCCAUUUGCUUUGCAGAAUGCUAUGUGUUCUAUAGAUUUGAGUCUCUAAAUUCCAGAAUUAUGUAUGUCUUAAACUUUCAAUUCUCCAUGAUUUCUGGCAUGGUAAAUCCUGUUUUAUAAGAGUCGUAAAAUAAUAACUGAAAUAGGUACACAAUGUGCCUUCGUCUACAAUAAGUCACAGAUUUAAGAAUUAAUCUAGGUCACCUAGAGUAUGAAUGUUGCACCCUGUUAAACUGGCAUUGCUACAAAUUAAGGGGUUCAGUCACUGAACAAAUUGGGGAAAGAGAAAUGUGGUAUGCACACACAUCUACAAACCGUGCCUCCAGUCAAGAGGCAACCAAACUCUUCAAGUGAAAACAAGACAAGCCACAGGUAUAAGGCUUGACAAAGGCUCAUUCAGAGCUAAAACAUUGCAGGUUUCUGUCCAAUAAAUCUGCCCUGGACCUUAUACCUAUGUCUAGUCUGUAUCUUGUUUUCAAUGAAGAAGUUGUGGUGACUUUAAAACUGAAUUAAAAUAAUAAUAAAAAAGUCAAUGCAACUUCAUUCAGCAACUAGAAUCUCAAUCUGUUGACAUUUUUAUGGCUGUUAUUUUAUGUUAGUCAUUGGGACAAAUGAUGAUUGCAUUCUCCGCAUUUUUACUUCUUGGGCUUUAUUAUAACAAAAAAAACUAAACAAGAAAACCCAAUUAUUUUUUUUUCAUGAUAUUUGCGUGUGCACUGAAUUCCUGAAUACGCACCUCCAGUAAUACGCUCUCCAUCAGCUCAAAGUCUGUGAAAUUUCACUUGUUUCAAACAUUUAAUAAAAAUUUCAAAAAGAAAAAAAUAUUUUUGCUUCCAAGACUUUCCUUUUUCAUUUUUUUUUUUUCUCUUCAUGUGAUGAUCACCACAAUGUGCUAUUUACAAUUUGUGUACACAAAGUAUAAUGCAGUCUCGUACAAGCAACAGGAUAUCACAGAUAACUACCUCCAACUUUCUGGCAUUAAGGGUAGGAAGUGUUGGUAAAACGGAUAAUAUUUAGCACUGUAUGGGAUUGACUUAGGCAGAUCCUGCAGCAAAU